CCGUCCCGCUGUGCCCCCAGCUCCGCGAGCCCCGCGCCUGCUGCACCUGCGCCCCGCGUCCCUGGGGCCGUGUAGAUGAGCGCGCGCCAGGAGGACUUGGGCUCCGCACACACGUGUGCGCCGCCCCCGGCCCGCCGGUGCCUCCGGCACUUAUACCUGGGGGAUGACCCUCGCGGGCGUGCACCUCAACAGAGCCUCUGGGUUGGGUACCGCGCAGCCUCGGUCGUGCCUGAUGAGGAGAGGGACCCGGAUACAGACGGCUGGACACUUCCCCCCUUUUACAGAUGGUGAAACUGAGGCCCGGAAAAUAAACGAGCGACUGGGAGGGUUGGGAGAGGCAGGAAGCCUUAGUUUGCAUUUGGGCUUGCCCCUCCUGUGGGCGAGGCCCCAUUGGGUGGUCGUGGUCAAUGGGUCGGAGUGGACUCUGGGUGCCAGCAGACAAGGUGGAAAGGUAGGGUCCUGCUUUGAUCUGAUUUGAGUCAACUCAGACUGCUCCCCACCAGGGCACCAGCAGUGAUGAGCUCCUCCCUGACCCUGACUGAGGAGGCCCCUACCUCCUGGGGGUCCAGCCAGAAGGAAAGAUUUGCCUUGGAUGCAGAAGGAGGGGGUAAGGGAGGUGAGCUAGGAGGGAUGUUUGAAAGGGAUGGAGGGAAGCCCUCCCCUCCUGAGUUCCCUGUCCUGUCUCAGAGACUACCUCAAGUGGCCUCUGAAGGUGAAGGGAGUGACUCUGACCCAGGUGUCCUGUCAGAGCUGAAAAUCUGGUGUCCCCCAAACUCUGUGUCUCACACACAUAGGCUCCCACUUUCCUUCUGCUUUCACAGCAGGGAGGGAUUCCAGGGUAAUGUCCCCCUCCUCUUCACCUAGCAUCAGCCUCCCUCCCUACACCUGCCUGGCAUCAUGCUGCUGGCUCAGGUGUGCCCUGGGCACAAUGGGCUAUUGUGUGCCCCUGAUCUCGUCACUAGGGGGAAGUUCAUGACCAGAUCAGCUGGCCCUCUGUGAAGAGGCUGGCUGACUGUCUCCUAGGACUGCAGGCUGGAUCUGGGGGGCCCUAGGGACCUAGAAUACAGGCCAUAAGUGCCACAGUUUAUUGAGUCCCCUUAGGUGGUGAGAGGUCCAGGCCCCUAGCAGGAGGCAGCGUGUGUGACCCAGGGCAAGCUCUUUACACCUCUGAGUCUCUAUCUGUAAAUUUGGCACACCCUUGAUCUCAGGGUAGCUUAGACUCUGCAGAGAGGUAGCCAGUAUGGCUUGUCUGAACCAGAGAAAGUUCCUGCUUCCUUGGGUUCCCUUAUCCAGGCCUCUCUGUUGACAUCUCCAAGGGUUGGUCUUUGGGAAGGGAAAAGAUUCAGAAGGAAAUCUGCCCCUGGCCCCCAUGCGUCUAAUUGCCCGUGUGACUGUGGGCAGGUUCUUGGUCCUCAGUUUCUUCCCCGUGGUGACCAGACGAAGGCGGGGCGGGGGGAGGGGGCACUUGAACCAGAUAAUGAGUCUGAGGGACAUUAAUGGUGGGUCUUCAGGUUGCCUUGGUACUGUCUCCCAGGACUGUACCUCCAGCAUAGCGUGGUUGCCUACCCUUCUAGUUGAGUUCUGCAAAUGGUCAGCCCCCCUAUUCCCUCGGGGGGGGGGGGUGGUUAGCACUCAUCUGUGCCGAGUCCCCUCUCCCUUCCAGCUCCUCACUUCAUCAGGGCAGGUCUGGGGCACAGGCUGGCUGGUUGUCGCCCCAGAAGCCUGGGCAGUCAGGGGGUGGCCUAGGGCCGAGCAAACAAAUCCAGGAUGUGAGUAUGAACCGGAAGCUUCGGCCAACCUCCCAGUGCUGCCUUCCUGCCCACAUGGUCCUGCUCCUGCUCUCGGAACAAGUCCCCACCCCUCCAUGCUGGGCUCCCAGGGAGUGGUGGCUGUGCUACUUUGAGCCCUGCUAGGGACCUAUUGUGUGUGUGUGUGUGUGUGUGUGUGUGUGUGUGUGUGUGUGUGUGCGCGCUUGGGGGAGGGGUAAGAUAAGGUAAGACUGAUAGAGGGUGUUGUGUUAAGAGACCCCUCAGCUGGCCAGCCACCCAGUCAGAAGGUUCUCCCAACAACCGUGCCCCUCCCCUCAGCAGAGAGCUGACAUCAGCUGGCAAACCUGUUUUCCCAGUUGUGGGUCUAGGCCCGCCCAGGGGAGCACCCCCCCUUUCUGCCCUUCCUUUCUCCUCACAGACCCCAGGUUCAGACCCGCCCACCCCCCUCCCUCUAGGGGCCACAACUGGGGAAGGAGCACUGCUGAGGGAGGAGUAGCCCUUGGACAUCACUCAGUCUGAGCCCCUCGGGGCCCUGGUAGGGAAACCAAGGCAGGGUCAUACCAAGGUCAUCGGACACAUUUGGGGCAGAGUCCGGCAGAGUUCUGACCCAGUCUCUGUCCUGGGAAAGGUCUAGUUCUGUGCGCAGGACUAGUGGGUCCUGCACCCUGGGACAGCACAAGCUGUUUCCUCUGCAUGGAGUCUUCUCCUUCCUGUUUGGGGGGGCCUUUGUCUCCUGUCCCCCUGACUGGGAUGGACCUCAGAUCAGGCAGGUCCCAUUUUCACCCUCACUGUGCUUGCUACUUGGCAGUUUCCCCCCACCUCACGUUUCGCAGAGGCUCCGCAGGUGUUAGCUGAGUGGCUGGAUGCAGGAGACAGGCCCCACAACAGUGACCUGUCAUGCCAUCGGAGGCUUAGUUUGGGCCUUGUGGGCAGAGGGGAUGGGAGCUCCAGGAGCCAGCACAAGGCAGUGGGAAGCACGAGAGGCCAGUUGUCAGGAGUGAGGGGGUGCCUAGGUGAUAGGUGGGGGCUUCCCCAGGGAGGGCUAGCAAGAGGGUGAGGACAGGAGGACUGGGAACAGCACCCAGCAGGCUGGCAGUUGGGCAGCAUGUAAAAGUCAUGCAAAAUAACACGCACACGAGCAGCCCCUCUUUGGGCGGAGCAGUAGUGUUGCUCAACAGCCCCCCAGUGAAAGGGAGUGCUGGGGGGCAUGGCAUCUGGGGGCGCUCAGGGCUGCCAGGGUCAGGACAGGUCAGACAUUCAGGUUACAGGUGGGGAGCCCAGGCUGAACUCUCCAGUUAUGCCUUUGAGGACUCGGGGUUCCAGGGAGGUCAGGUUGGAGCUGGAGGUGAGGUUGCUCUGUUCACCCCUCACUGGUCCUUAACCUGACUACUGACCUCCACUGCUUCAUGGAAACCUGGUCAGGCCCUCUGCUUCCUCUGGGACUUUAGCUGGAUCAUAUGCCUCCCCGUGCCUCAGUUUACCCUCUUCAAAUGGGGAAAAGCGAGGCAGAAUAGCCUCCUUAGUGCUUAUACUUCAGAGGAGCAACCAGGGUUUCCUCUUCCCUGCCUUUAUUCCUAAGGCAUCUGACGGGGCAGGACUGAGGUGAUGGGGAGAGUAGCACAGAGCCCAGGCGUGGGGGGAGGGGCUGGUAAUCCCUGGAGUUGUCAUGGCAACUGGGGAGCUGAUGUGGAAGUGUGGGGUCCCCAUGGAAACAAAGUCGGUUACUAUGGGGACCCUGGAAGGAAAUUCUUGGUUUCCAUAGUGAUAGGACAAGGGGAAGGUUAAGCCCUAGGGGGCAUUAUGGAGACCAAAAGGUCCACCCCUUUCAAGACCCCAUCCUCAGGUAAGGGGGAGAGCCUGGUCCAGCCACCCGGGGAACUUGUAGCACUGUGCCUCAGUUGCCAUUGCCUCUGGCAAAGUCCCCAUCUUCCUGCUUCAUUCUUUGACCUGAGGUCCUCCAAGUCUGACCUCCAGGCCCCAUGGUGUAGCCAGAAGCCACCUUCGGCUUGACGUUGCCAUCACUCUCCUGAUGCUGAGCGGGAAGACCCCCAGGCCUGAAACAGUUUAUCCUGACCAGACCCCACCCCGUCCCAUUUCUGCUUGCCUGUCCCUGGAAAUGGGGUGCUCACUACCACCCAGGCAAAUCUGACCAGGAGCGGUCACCCACUGUGGAGCUACAAUCCUCUCUCCUUACCCUGUUCCUGGCUCUAACCUGGGGGCCACCAACAGACUCCCAUUCUACCCACCUGGGACAGCCACCCGUGAGACCUUGGCUCUGCUAGUGAGCCAAGGUCCGCCACUUGUUAGUCACUCACCGAGGUGUGUGGGGAGAACGUUAGUGCUGCUCUAGCGUGCCAAGGGCUUGGGAAGGCAGAGCCCCUGGAUUUGGGGAUGGAGCUCCCCGCUCGCUUUACCUGGUGCUGGUGGGUGUGGCUAGCGAGCCUUUUGGGGCAGCUGAAGCGUAAAGAGAUUAAUGUUGAGUAACAGCCUACUAAAUGUGAGAACCGGGGCUGGACUCCAGAACCCGUGCCCUCAGCCCCUGACUGGCAGCCCCAGCCCCUGAAUCACCAGACAGGGCUGGGUCUUGAAAAAGAUGCUGGCUCUGGGGAGCAUUCAGGCAGAGGAGGCAUGGAGGGCAAAGCUGUUACAGACCCGUGGGCGUGGGGACAGAGAGUCAUGCCUUGGGGCUGGGCCAUCCAGGGGGUACGGGGUGCUGUGACAUGGGAGGAGGCCGUGGACUUGCCUAAACCUCGUGCUGGGUGGGUGACUGGCUGAUCAGACAGUGGCGGCCACUCGUGCGUACCUGAGGCACACUGGACGCCAGACGCUGGUUAAGGAAUUUUUGCGUAUUGCGCCACUGUAAACUCCAAGAGAGGUGGUGAUGGGGAGAGGGGUUUGAAGCCAGGUCUGGGCCCUGAGGUGACACCCAGGGCAAGCCACGGCCGGUGUUGGGCUUGGGGCAGGGCAAGCAGGUCAAAGGGCAGCGCGGUGUCAAGCAGCUUGGUCGUCCCUGUCCCCUGGCAGACAGCCCCACCCACCCAUCCACGCCAAAGCUGCCUGCCCUCAGCCCUCCUGGGUUACCUCAGAGUUCUGGGGAAGUGGUAGUUCAGUGCCCACCCAGGGACUAUUUGGGCCCAAAUAGCCCUUGGGGUCUCCCCACCCCUAGUACUGAGUGUCCUCAGGGCUGGCCGGGCAUAGACUGGGGCUCCUGCAGACGUGGUCGUGAGUCCCCCUCAUCUGUCCCGGGUCCACUGACCUCCCCCUCCCCGCAGCUUGCUCGCCUGCAGCAGAGCCUCAUUACCACUUACACAUGAGCCCCAGGGCCUGAGGAGGAGUGUGGGUGCUCGUGGGAGAGGUGGGGUUGGGCCCUGGCCCCUUCAAGUUAGGGACUGGACUGGCCCUGCCCAGCAUUCCUGCUCUGAGCUGGGAAGGGAGGGAGGAGCCAGUGGAGGCAGAGUGUGGGAAGCCCAGGCACCACAGCCACCUCUUCCAGCUCUUGGAGCCCUUGGCAUUCAACACUGCCACCGUGACUGUGAGCCCCGACCCCUGCAGGGACCCCUGUGCCCCCGAGCACCGCAGCCUCAUGUCAUGGGGCUCAGGUCAGAGAAGGACCUGGGCUACCUGCAGCAGUGGCUGAAGGUCUUCGUGGGUGCCUUCGAGAAAAGCAUCUCGCUGUUCUCUCUGGAGCCGCGCAGGCCAGAGGAGGCAGGCGCAGAGGUGCCGCUGUUGCCGCUGGACGCACUGCACGUGCUGGCCGAGCAGCUAGACAAGGGGGACCUGGAGCAGGCCCUGCUGCUGCUCAAGCUUUUCAUCAUUCUCUGCAGGAACCUGGAGAACGUAGAGGCGGGCUGGGGCCAGGUGCUGGUGCCCCGGGUGCUGGCAUUGCUGACCUGGUUGACGGCAGAGCUGAAAGGAGCCCAUGCAUCGCAGGAGGACCGUGGGCCGCAGCUGGAGAACGUGGCCCUGCAUGCCCUUCUCCUCUGCGAGGGCCUCUUUGACCCUUACCAGACCUGGCGGCGCCAGCAUAGUGGGGAAGUCAUCACUUCCAAGGAGAAGAGCAAAUACAAGUUCCCUCCAGCUGCUUUGCCCAGUGAAUUCAGCGCCUUCUUCAGAGAGAGCCUGCAGGAUGCAGAUGGCUUGCCUCCCGUGCUGCUUUUGCGUCUCGUCCACCUCUUUGGUGCUGUCCUUGCAGGAGGGAAGGAGAACGGGCAGAUGGCUGUGAGCGCCGGCUCUGUGCAGGGCCUGUUGGGUGUGGUACGGGGCUGGGACCAUGGGCCAGCCCAGGACCCCCGCCUAGUGCCCCUGGCACUGGAGGCACUAGUGGGUGCAGUACAUGUCCUGCAUGCCAGCCGCACACCCCCUCGUGGGCCAGAGCUCCGAACCCUGCUUGAGGGCUACUUCCGCAUCCUUAAUGCCGACUGGCCGGCGGGCCCAAGCCCAGGCCCUGAAGAGGCCCUCGUCACCCUACGGGUCAGCAUGCUCGAUGCCAUCCCCAUGAUGCUGGCAUGUGAGGACCGGCCGGUGCUGCAGGCCACCUUCCUCAGCAACAAUUGCUUUGAGCACCUUACUCGCCUCAUCCAGAAUAGCAAGCUGUACCUGCAGGCCCGGGCGCCCCCUGAGGGGGACAGUGACCUGGCUACCCGGUUACUGACCGAGCCCGAUGUCCAGAAGGUACUGGACCAGGACACAGAUGCCAUCGCGGUGCACGUAGUCAGAGUACUUACCUGCAUCAUGAGCAGCUCCCCCUCAGCCAAGGAGGUGUUUAAAGAGCGCAUUGGCUACCCUCACCUGCACGAGGUUUUGCAGAGCCAAGGUCCCCCCACCCAUCGGCUGCUGCAGGAGCUACUCAACAUGGCUGUGGAGGGGGACCACAGCGUAUGUCCACCGCCACCGAUCCUGAACGAGCAGCCCGUGCUGAUGCUGAUGCAGUGGCUGCCGGCCCUGCCCACGGCGGAGCUGCGGCUCUUCCUCGCGCAACGCCUUUGGUGGCUCUGCGACAGCUGCCCCGCCAGCCGCUCCACGUGUGUGCAGGCGGGUCUGGUGGGCUACCUGCUGGAGACGCUCAGCACGGGGGUCGCCCUGGGGGUCCGCUGCCAGGAGCAGCUGUUGGCGCUGCUGCAGGCAUUGGGCCGUGUGUCUCUGCGGCCCUUGGAGCUUCGUUGCCUGCUGCGCCCCCUGCCAGGGCUGGACUCGGGGCCGGGCGGAGCGGAGGCUGGGAAUGCCCGACACGCCGGUGCCAUCAUUCGUGCAUUGUCAGGCAUGGCCCGGCACCGGGGCCCUGCACGAGCCCUGCACUACUUUGACCUCACGCCCAGCAUGGCCGGUAUUAUGGUACCCCCCGUGCAGCGAUGGCCAGGACCCGGCUUCACCUUCCAUGCCUGGCUCUGUCUGCACCCCACGGCUGCAGCACCUGCCCCGGCCCCCUCACGGCCACUCCAGCGGAAGCAGCUGUAUAGCUUCUUCACCAGCAGCGGCUCAGGGUUUGAGGCCUUCUUCACGGCAGCUGGGACACUGGUGGUGGCCGUGUGCACCCGGAAGGAGUACUUGACCAUGAGCUUGCCUGAAGUGUCCUUUGCCGACUCUGCCUGGCACUGCGUAGCCAUUGUCCAUAUGCCUGGGCGCCGGCCCUUCAGCCAGAACCUGGUCCAUGUCUACAAAGACGGCCAUCUGGUCAAGAUAGCACCCCUCCGCUGCCCCUCUCUCAGUGAGCCUUUCUCCUCCUGCUGUAUCGGCUCCGCUGGGCACCGCACAACGACCACCACCACGGGGCUGCCUCCGCCACCAGUCCCCGCUGCCCUGGCUCACGCUCACCCCUCCCUGUCCCGCUCCCAGUCGGUCCCGGCUACCGCAGGGCUUGGCUGGGGGUCGGGGCUGGUGGCCCCCCUGCAGGAGGGCAGCAUCAGCUCCACCCUUGCAGGCACACAGGACACUCGGUGGGGCAGCCCCACGUCUCUGGAGGGUGAGCUGGGAGCCGUGGUCAUCUUCCACGAAGCCCUGCAGGCAGCGGCCCUGCGGGCCCUGAGCACCUUGGGGCCCAAUGAGAUGGCACCCUUCAAGCCCGAGGGGGAACUACACGAGCUCAGCACCAAGCUGCUCCUCCAUUACUCACCUCAGGCCUGUAAGAACAACAUCUGCCUGGACCUGUCUCCUGGCCACAGGCUGGAUGGCCGCCUGACAGGCCACAGGGUGGAGACCUGGGACGUGAAGGACGUGGUGACUUGCGUGGGAGGCAUGGCUGCCCUGCUGCCCCUGCUGGAGCGAGUGGCCUCACAGCCCCAAGAGGCCGAGGCGGGUCCAGCCGAGACACAUGACCUCGUGGGGCCCGAACUGACCUCUGGCCACAACACCCAGGGCCUGCUUCUCCCACUGGGCAAGUCCUCCGAAGAGCGCAUGGAGAGGAAUGCAGUGGCCGCCUUUCUGCUGAUGCUGCGGAACUUCCUGCAGGGCCACAUGGUGAACCAGGAGAGCCUGGUGCAGUGCCAGGGGCCUGCCAUCAUCGGGGCCCUGCUGCGCAAGGUCCCCAGCUGGGCCAUGGACAUGAAUGUGCUCAUGUCUGCCCAGCUGCUGAUGGAGCAGGUGGCAGCGGAGGGCAGUGGGCCCCUCCUGUACUUGCUCUACCAGCAUUUGCUCUUCAACUUCCACCUGUGGAGCCCCAGUGACUUUGCCGUGCGCCUGGGCCACAUCCAGUACAUGUCUAGCAUCAUCCGGGAGCACAGACAGAAGCUGCGGAAGAAGUAUGGGGUUCAGUUCAUCCUGGAUGCGCUGCGCACCCAUUACAGCCCACAGCGGGAGCACCCCCUAGCGGCUGACGACGUGCGCACAGUGCAGACCUCACUCCUCGGCCUGGUGCGGGAGUUCCUGGUCCGGAGCUCCGCCACUGAUCACUUGCAGGUCACGCUGAGCUUUCUGGCGGCUACAGGCGAUGAUGGCCAGGUGGCGGGUGCUCUGGACCUGCUGCUGGCACUGCUGCAGGGCUCACCAGCACAGGAGGCUCUGGCUGUCUUCCUGUUGGAGCAGGGGAACCUUGAGGUUUUGCUGGCACUGCUGGUGCAGCCAAGGUCACUGCCCCUGCUGCCCGACCGAGUCUGCAAGAUCCUGCGCAGAUUGCAGCAGAACGAGCGCUUACCUGAACGGAGUCGCCAGCGGCUCCGGCUGCGAGAAUACGGUCUCCAGGGUCUCAUCGCCUGCCUGCCGGAGGGGGCUGCUUCGCCCCAGCUCUGCCAGGGCCUCUACAAGCUAUUCCUGGGGGCAGAUUGCCUGAACCUCUCAGAUCUGUUGGCUGUGGUGCAGCUGUCCCUCCAGGCUGACCUCGGCGUCCGCCUGGACGUUUGUCGCCAGCUUUUCCACCUCAUCCAUGGACAGCCAGACGUAGUGCAGCUGCUGGCCCGGCAGGCCGGCUGGCAGGACGUGCUGACCCGGCUGUACGUCCUGGAGGCUGCCACAGCUGGCAGUCCCCUGCCCUUUCCCCCAGAGACACCCACAUCCCCAGAACCAGCCUUAUGCAAGCCACCCACCGAAUCACCUGAGUCUUCAGAUGUCUUCCUGCCCUCGGAAACCCCCAGCCCCGACCCUGACAGCUUUUACCACGCUCUCUCUCCAUUUUGUACACCCUUUGACCUGGGCCUGGAACGGGCCAGCGUGGGUUCGUGCAACAAUGCGGGCAGUGGCAGUGGCAGUGGGACUCUUACUCCGGCCAGCCAGCCUGGCACACCUUCCCCACUGGAUGGGCCCCGGCCCUUCCCUGUGGCCCAUGGCCGCCAUAGCUCUAGUCUCUCCAACGUGCUGGAGGACGGCAGCCUCCCAGAACCCGCCAUCAGUGGGGAUGAUACCUCAAAUACCAGUAAUCCACAGCAAACCCCUGAGGAGGAGUUGUGCAACCUGCUCACCAACGUGCUGUUCUCGGUGGCGUGGCGGGGCGUGGAAGGCAGCGAUGAGGCCGCCUGGCGGGAGCGUGGCCAGGUCUUCUCGGUGCUCACCCAGCUGGGCGCCUCAGCCACGCUGGUGCGCCCGCCAGACUGCAUCAAGCGCAGCCUCCUGGAGAUGAUGCUGGAGUCAGCCCUGACCGACAUCAAAGAGGCCCCUGCUGGGGUCCUGGCCAGCCUCACCCAGCAGGCGCUUUGGCUGCUGCGCCUGCUGCAGGACUUCCUGUGCGCCGAGGGUCAUGGUAAUCAGGAGCUGUGGAGUGAGAAGCUCUUUGAAGGCGUGUGCAACCUGCUGGAUCGCAUGGGAGCCUGGCCACACCUGGCCAAUGGCACAGCAGAUCUGCGAGAGAUGGCACAGAUUGGCCUGCGCCUGGUGCUUGGCUACAUCCUGCUGGAGGACCCGCAGCUGCACGCCCAGGCCUAUGUGAAGCUGCACUCGCUCCUGCAGACAGCGGUGCCCAUGCGGCGCGAGGAGGCCUGCUACGUGCUCUCCAAGCUGGAGUCGGCGCUGGCUCGGGCGCUCAACACGCCCACCUCAGAAACGCCCACCGAGGAAAGGGAGCCCUCAGCUGCAGCUGCAGCUGCCGCAGGCACAGAACGCUGCUCGUGGCUGGUGCCACUGGUGCGCACGCUGCUGGACCGUGCCUAUGGGCCGCUGGGGCUCCAGUGGGGGCUGCCUUCCCUGCCGCCCACCAACGGCAGCCCCACCUUCUUCGAGGACUUUCAGGCCUUUUGUGCCACACCUGAAUGGCGCCACUUCAUCGACAAGCAGGUGCAGCCCACCAUGUCACAGUUCGAAAUGGACACCUACGCGAAGAGCCACGACCUCAUGUCGGGCUUCUGGAAUGCCUGCUACGACACGCUCAUGAGUAGUGGACAGCGGCGCCAGAGGGAGCGGGCACAUAGUCGUCGGGCUUUCCAGGAGCUGGUGCUGGAACCAGCACAGAGACGGGCACGCCUGGAAGGGCUGCGUUACGCGGCGGCACUGAAGCAGCAGGCAGCGCAGCACUCCACGGCUCUGCUCCACUGGGGGGCGCUGUGGCGUCAGCUCUCCAGCCCCUGUGGGGCCUGGGCCCUUAGGGACCCACCGCUUCCCCGCUGGAAGUUGUCCAGUGCCGAGACAUACUCGCGCAUGCGUCUGAAGCUAGUGCCCAACCAUCACUUCAACCCUCAUUUGGAAGCUAGCGCCCUGCGGGACAACUUGGGUGAGGCCCCCCUGACACCUACCGAGGAGGCCUCGCUACCUCUAGCGGUCACCAAGGAGGCCAAAGUCAGCACGCUGCCAGAGGAGCUUCCGGAAGACCAGCUCGGCGAAGAUGAGCUGGCCGCGCUGGAGACCGCGAUGCAGGCAGCAGAACUGGACGAGCAGCAUGAGAAGCUGGUGCUGUCAGCGGAGUGCCAGCUGGUCACAGUGGUGGCUGUAAUCCCAGGGCUGCUGGAGAUCACCACGCAGCACGUGUACUUCUACGAUGGCAGCGCAGAGCGUGUGGAAACUGAGGAGGGCAUCGGCCACGACUUCCGGCGCCCACUCGCCCAGCUGCGUGAAGUCCACCUGCGGCGUUUCAACCUGCGCCGCUCAGCCCUUGAGCUCUUCUUCAUCGAUCAGGCCAACUACUUCCUCAACUUCCCGUGCAAGGUGGGCGGGACCACAGCCUCAUCUCCUUGGCAGGCCCCCAGGCCCCAACCCUGCCUCAUCCCACCCCACACCCAGGUACGGAAUCAGGUGUACUCGUGGCUCCAGCGCCUGCGCCCCCCAGCCCAAGGCUACCUAAGCAGCCGCUCCCCCCAGGAGAUGCUGCGUGCCUCUGGCCUCACCCAGAAAUGGGUACAGCGUGAGAUAUCCAACUUCGAAUACUUGAUGCAACUCAACACCAUUGCAGGGCGGACCUACAACGACCUGUCUCAGUACCCUGUGUUCCCCUGGGUCCUGCAGGACUACGUGUCCCCAACUUUGGACCUCAGCAACCCGGCCGUCUUCCGGGACCUGUCCAAGCCCAUCGGUGUGGUGAACCCCAAGCAUGCCCAGCUCGUGAGGGAGAAGUACGAGAGCUUCGAGGACCCUGCGGGCACCAUCGACAAGUUCCACUACGGCACCCACUAUUCCAAUGCGGCGGGCGUGAUGCACUACCUCAUCCGCGUGGAACCCUUCACCUCCCUGCACGUCCAGCUGCAGAGUGGCCGCUUUGACUGCUCCGACCGGCAGUUCCACUCAGUGGCGGCAGCCUGGCAGGCCCGCCUGGAGAGCCCCGCCGACGUGAAGGAGCUCAUCCCAGAGUUCUUCUACUUCCCCGACUUCCUGGAGAACCAGAACGGCUUCGACCUGGGCUGCCUCCAGCUGACCAACGAGAAGGUGGGCGAUGUGGUGCUGCCGCCAUGGGCCAGCUCUCCUGAGGACUUCAUCCAGCAGCACCGCCAGGCUCUGGAGUCGGAGUAUGUGUCUGCCCACCUGCACGAGUGGAUUGACCUCAUCUUUGGCUACAAGCAGCGGGGACCGGCCGCGGAGGAGGCCCUCAAUGUCUUCUAUUACUGCACCUAUGAGGGGGCUGUGGACCUGGACCACGUGGCGGAUGAGCGGGAACGGAAGGCUCUGGAGGGCAUUAUCAGUAAUUUUGGGCAGACUCCCUGUCAGCUGCUAAAGGAGCCACAUCCAGCUCGGCUAUCAGCCGAGGAAGCAGCCCAACGCCUUGCACGUCUGGACACUAACUCACCUAGCAUAUUCCAGCACCUGGACCAGCUCAAGGCCUUCUUUGCGGAGGUCAUCAGUGAUGGCGUGCCCCUGGUACUGGCCCUGGUUCCCCACCGGCAGUCCCACUCCUUCAUCAUCCAGGGCUCCUCAGACCUGUUGGUGACCGUGAGUGCCAGUGGGCUGCUGGGCACCCACAGCUGGUUGCCCUACGACCGUAACAUAAACAACUACUUCAGCUUCAGCAAAGACCCCACCAUAGGCCACCCCAAGAUGCAGCGACUGCUGAGUGGCCCGUGGGUGCCAGGCAGUGGUGUGAGUGGGCAAGCCCUGGCAGUGACCCCCGACGGAAAGCUGCUGUUCAGUGGUGGCCACUGGGAUGGCAGUCUGCGAGUGACCUCACUAUCCCGGGGCAAGCUGUUGAAGCAACUCAACCGCCACCUUGAUGUAGUGACCUGCCUUGCAUUGGACACCUGCGGCAUCUACCUCAUCUCAGGCUCCCGGGAUACCACGUGCAUGGUGUGGCGGCUCCUGCAGGAGGGCGGUCUCUCGGUGGGACUGGCAUCAAAGCCCGUGCAGGUCCUCUACGGGCAUGAGGCUGCAGUGAGCUGUGUGGCCAUCAGCACUGAACUCGACAUGGCUGUGUCUGGAUCUGAGGAUGGAACUGUGAUCAUCCACACUGUACGCCGCGGCCAAUUUGUGGCAGCACUACAGCCCCCAGGGGCCACGUUACCCGGACCUGUGUCCCACCUGGUGCUGGGGUCAGAGGGCCAGAUUGUGGUACAGAGCUCGGCGUGGGAACGUGUCGGGGCUCAGGUCACCUACUCCUUGCACCUGUACUCAGUGAAUGGGAAGUUGCGGGUUUCGCUGCCCCUGGUAGAGCAGCCCACAGCCCUGGCAGUGACAGAGGACUUUGUUCUGCUGGGCACAGCACAGUGUGCCCUGCACAUCCUCCACCUGAACAAACUGCUCCCAGCUGCGCCUCCUCUACCCAUGAAGGUGCCCAUCCGAAGUGUGGCUGUGACCAAGGAGCGCAGCCAUGUGCUCGUGGGCCUGGAGGACGGCAAGCUUAUCGUGGUGGGCGCGGGGCAGCCCUCUGAGGCGCGCAGCAGCCAGUUCGCGCGGAAGCUGUGGCGGUCCUCCAGGCGCAUCUCCCAGGUGUCCUCAGGGGAGACAGAGUACAACCCUGGAGACGCGCGCUGACAGCCGUCACGCAGGCUCCUCCCCCGGCGGGCCCCGCCCUUGGAGGCCCCGCCCAGGAGUCGGCGGGAACCCGGAGGAGGAGGAGACCAAGAGGCUGCGGCCGGGGGGUCGGCCCGGCUCCGGGGGUGGGCGGGACCCCACCCCCGCCCAGCUCAGGGAUUGGUGGGCGAUUCACUCCAGGAAGUCCCGCCCCUCGCCGGCAGAGGGGCCGUCCGGAGCCUGGCACUGGCCUCAGCGGCAACACAGCACUUUUUUGCACAGUGUGGGGCGGGAGCCCAGGCUCCCCAGCCCCCCGUCCCGGCAGAGCACGGGGACCGGACUGUGGCCUUAAUCUCUAAAGGCGGCCCCUCGCUCUCCCGGUCUCGGCAAUAAACCUGGCCUGGUUUUGUA